AUGAUGAAGCAACGAAAGGAGACAUUGGAGUCGACAGACUUAUCCGAAAUACCAAAGUCUGACUUUGUUUACGAUAAGAAGAUACCAAGACUGCAGCUACUGAUCGGUGAGAAGAACACAAACGUUAUAAAGGAGUCUGUGAGAUCAAUGUGGCACAAGAGACAGACUUCAAACAAGACGAGCGACAGCAAAGCAGUAUCAACAUCAUCAAAGGUCGAGCCACAGAAGGAGAAGGAUGGCGAGAACAAACAGUUCAGACAGACAGAGUACGAGGACAAGGUGAUUGACACAAUCAAAGAGAGGAAUCUGGGAAGACUGCGUAUCAAGACACCAAAGCAAGGAAAGACAAAGUUGGAUGUGGUGCGAGACAAGGCCAAGCCACUCAUUCCAACGUACUUUCAUUCAAAGUUCAAGUUUGUGGCAGCGGCCAAGAAGAGCGGGUCGUUCAUCCCCGAGACACUGCCCGAGGUGGCAUUCAUUGGAAGGAGUAAUGUUGGCAAGUCAUCGAUCAUCAAUGCAGUCACUCAACGUGGUUUGGCAAAGACAUCCGACAAGCCUGGCUAUACCCAGAGCAUCAACUGGUAUGAGCUGGGCUCAACACUGUAUCUUGUCGACCUUCCUGGUUAUGGAUUCGCAUUCGCCAAGUCUGAUCGCGUCGAUACAUGGAAUCAGCUGACAGUCGACUACCUCACGACGAGGAAGACACUCAAGCGUGUGUUUGUGUUGGUGGACUCUCGACAUGGACUCAAAGACAGCGACAAGGAUCUUCUAAAGAUCCUGGACAAGAGUCAAGUGAGGACACAUGUCAUCCUAACCAAGGGAGACCUGGUACCCCAAGAGGACCUGGCCAAACGAUUCACACUUGUAACAGAUGAACUACGACAACAAUAUCAUUAUACAGAGUUUCCAAUAUUGAUUGUUAGCUCAAAGACUUAUGGAGGAAUACCAGAGUUAGCAUCCAUAAUGAAGGGAUUCAAGCUACGCAAGAAGCCAGAGAAGCCAAAGCCUAUCUCAUCAACUACAACUUCAACUACAACAUCCACUUCAUCAACAACGACACGAAAGACAAUCAAACCAAGAGUUAAGGAGUUGGUGAGAGCAAAGAAACCAAUCAAAGUGUCUCCAUCAUUGAAUAAAUACUUGAAGAAGUAG